GAGACGAUGAUGAGCCAAGCAGCGCAUGCAGAGCAAGCGCGAGAGGCUCGUGGUGUGGGUGCUCCGGCGGCCGAGUCUGACGCGGCAGCGCUUGUGAGCGCUGAUGCCGCCGCUGAUGAUUCCGGCGGUGACGUCGGCGAUGAGGAAGCAGAGGAAGAAGCUGAAAAGGAACACGACGAUGCGAUCGAAGAUGUCGAGUAG